UUGUAAAUUAUCGUAAAGCCUGCAGUUAAAAACAAAUAGUUUUUACAGAGUCACAGAUGGGUCUUAUAUUUCGAUUUUCCAUUUCAGCUAAUUUUGGUCCAGAAUUUUAAUUGAAAAGAUACUCCCAUUCAACUACUAAAAUAAAGAUUAAAUGAGAGAAUAACCCAAAGUAAUUGGAGUUUUUCUUUUUUUAAAAAGAAAGUAUGUUAUACUGAGUAUGAUGUUUUUAUUUGACUACAACCAUUAUCUGUUUUGGUUUUUGUAAAUGUUACAGUGAUAUUAUAAAUGUAGACCAAAUGUUCUUACAGUUAUUUAAAAACUAGAACUACUCAAUAGAUAAGAAAAGAAGGUCUACUUUUAAAAUAACCAUAAGAACAUGGGUUUACCUUAUAUAUAUAUACCUUUCUGAUGAGUGUUCUAGACCUGUUUCAUUUCUAGAUAUUUACCGCAUUCUCCAAAUCAUUGGAAUUGGAGCUCAGUAAUAAAUCUCACCUCUGAAAUUUUGUUUCAUUUAUUAUUAACAAGUAAAAUAAUUGCAUAGGCAGAGUUUAUCAUCAUAAUGUAAUAUUUAAUUUCCAGUGCUUUAUUGUGGUUUUGCAAGAUACAUGAAAAUGUAAUUAUGUCUGAUUUGUAAAUAUUAAAGAGCUUAGCUAAUUAUCUACAUGCAACUAAAUUAAGUCUUUACUACUGAGCCCUAAAUAUUUCUUUGCUAGGUGUCUCUGUAUAGUACACUUAAAGUAGUUUAAAAUGCACUUAGGAGGUAUAAAAUGCCUUUUAAUUUAAAGUAUUAUCUUCUGCUGUUGGUUAUUAAAGAACUAGAGUUCUUCUGUUUUCAACUUACGCAUUUAAUGUCACAUCAUUGUCUUUAGAGUUCUUCUAGUAGUCAACAAAAUAAGUUGCUAUUUGGUGAGGGAGUUAUUAGUUAGGUGAGCUAUCAGGAGAUAUUGCAGCAAAGAAGGGCAUCCAGAACUGGACAGAGGGCGGCCUUAAGCCAUGUGACGUGUGUGAAUGAACCAGGGUAGCAGUAGAUUCCGCAAGGCACACAGCUGUGAAAAGUAGUGCAAGGGAAGAAACCCAUUGAAUUUUAGGAGCAAGUAACUGUGAUACUAUUUACAGGGUGGUUACAAGUUCUGUAGCACAGUCUUUCUGUGUGCAGUGUCAAAGGCUGCCUGGCUGUGUGUUGAUGUUUUCAUUCCUUCUCUAAAGGAAAAUGCCACUUUGACAGAGUCAGUUGUCUAAGGAGGGAAUGCUCAGGGCAAGAUAAUUACAGCCUUUUGUAGUCUGGGUUCAAGUGGUAGGAGGAAUGUUUUCCAGUGCAGGAAUCUGAUUGAGAUUGGGCAAACUCAGUAACAUAAGAGAUUCAGUCUUGAAGCAAGUCUUGGUAAGUGAACCUUUGAUAAGGUGUAAGCGACCUCUUUGCCCAGGGAAGCAGUCUCUUCUGAUAGAAGAGCUAUUUGCCCAGAGGAGCGAGCAGUUCAACUGACAAGUUGAUAAGAAUUUCCUGACGUAAACAGUGAAGUUACUUAUUAUUUUAUACCCUUAUCGGGUGACCAAUCUGUCCCAGUUUGCCAGGCAUCAAGGGGGUUCUUGAGAUGUAGGACUUUCCAUUUUAAAACAAGGACAACAAAUUAGUUAACUCUGAUUUUUAAAACCAAGCUUAGUAAUUUUGAGUGCUUGCUUAAUGAAAGUAAAUUUUCCUUUAAGACACUUGUGAUAUUUCCCAGUUUUAUUGCCAUGGCACAAAAACAUAUUUAUAGAUAACCUGAAAAAAAUUAAACUCCCUCCUUUUCUGGCCUAAAAAAUCACUUCUUUUUUUUAAAUUUUUUUUUGGUACGCGGGCCUCUCCCGCUGCCGAGCACAGGCUCUGGACGCGCAGGCUCAGCGGCCAUGGCUCACGGGCCCAGCCGCUCUGCGGCACGUGGGAUCUUCCCGGAACGGGGCACGAACCUGUGUCCCCUGAGUCGGCAGGCGGACUCUCAACCGCUGUGCCACCAGGGAAGCCCCAAAAGUCAAUUCUUUAAAACAAACCAUUUAACAGAAAGUAUAGCAGGCUGAAUAAUACUCCUUUUCCCCCAGCGACCCCAGAGAUGUUUGGAUACUAAUCCCUAGAACCUGUGAAUAUGUUCCAUUAUAUGGCAGAAGGGUCUUGACAGAUGUGAUUAAGUUCAGGAUUUUGAGAUGGGGAAAUUAUCCUUUAUUAUCUGGGUGGACUUGAUAGAAUCACAGAAGUCCUUAUAAGAGGGAGGCAGAUGAUCAGAGGGAGAAGCAAUGUCACCCUGAAAACAGGAAGAGAAAAGGCUAUAUUGAUGUGAGUCCAUGGGCCAAGGAACGUGGGUGGCCUCUGGAAGCUGGAAAAGGCAAGGAAACAGAUUCUCCCCUAAAGCCUCCAGAAGGACCGGUGCUGCUAACAUCUUAAUUUUAGCCCCAUAAGACUCAUUUUGGACUUCUGACCUCCGGAAGUGCAAGAGAAUAAAUUUGUGUGGUUUUAAGCUACUAAAUAUGUGGUAAUUUGUUACAACCCCAGAAGGAAACUAAUACAGAAGGUAUCUGGGAAAUGAACAGCUGUACCAUGUUCCCUUUAGUCAUUAUUUCUAGUCGCUUUUAUGAGCAAAGCUUGUCUUACCUAGCAACAGUUGCUAAGUAAGUUAACAGUUUAAUCUAGAGUCUAGGAGGGAGCAACUGCUUAAAUCUUCCCAAAUCCAGUACCCAGACCUUAUAAUGGCAGAGGCUUUCAUUACCAUUCUUUACCAUUAGGCACAUAACCACUACCUAAUCAUGGCAAAUCAUUUAAUCCUUGCAGGCCUCUAGCAUUAUCUUCAAACCUUGAACCUCUUCCAGCUUUCUCAAACAUCUAGCUUUUCUUAAAAUUACUUUUUCUGAUCCUAAAAGAGUGUUUUGGCUGUACGUAGUAAAAGACAAAUUUAAUUAUGAUCAGAAAUCCGAAUUACACAAACUUUGUUUGCUGUGCUGUAUGUAAUAAGAUAAUUCCACCAGCCCCCUUUGGGAAAAUCUUCAAACAGAUCCAUGAGUACAAGCCAUUUAAGACACGCUUUUACACUCACAAAGAUAUACUGGAUAUUGGGACAGAUAUUCUGAAUAAAGGAGAGCAGUUUCAAGAAGCUUUACUCAAAGAACGUAUUGCAAAAGCAGAAGCUGCCGUAUGGGCUAAGGCAGAUGAACGCCAAAGAGAAGCAGUGAAGAAAGCCCUUGAAGAAGCAAAUGACAUGCACAAAAUGAAAAUCCAGAUUCUGAAAGAGGAACAUCAAAAAGAUUUACAGGAAAUGGUAUCUAAGACCAAGAUGGAGUUGCAUCAAAACAUGGAGCAAGAACUGCAGCGAGAACGCCUGGCUGCCGAGCAACGCAUGGUCCGCAAGAUCCAGAGGAUCAUGAUGGAGUGCCACCAGGAGAAAGUCCAGGCUGUGGAGGAAGCCCGGGCCCAGGAGAGGCACAUAGCCCAGGAGGAGAUCCAGGCCCAGAGAAGAAAGGCCAUGGAGGAACUUUUGAGAGCUGGUGUCACAGUUAUGAAGGAUCAAGAGAACAGUGUGAGCCAACUGAUAAAGGAAAAAGAACAUAAAAUGAGCGUCUACUAUUGCAUGGCUCAGAAACAGAAGCAAGAAGAGGUUCAGAAAGUGCUUCAAGAAGCGGAGAAAACACAUCAGGCCACGCUUAGAAAUGUGAUGGACAAACUGCUUAACACUCAGCGGGAGCUGCUGUCUAUGGCGAAGCAACUGGAAAUCAUGACAAAUUGGAAAGAUUUCCUGGAGGAGGAGUUACAGGAAACCAGGGUAGCGUUUCAAAAAUACAUCAAUUAUACGUUUCCGCAGCUCUCACCGGGACAUGCAGAUUUUAUUCUGCCAGAAAGAAAGAAAAUGCCUUCCGGUCUUAUUACUCUGGAGAGCCAAGCAACUCUUGAUUAGAAGUCUUCAUCUGAAAUGGCACUACAAAAGACAUUGUUCUAAAGACUAAAUAAAUCCACUCAAAAACCAUUUAUUGAUCCCCGGUUAUGUGCAGCGGACUAGUGAGCUGUGAGCAUUUUGAUGGAAAACCAAAAUAUGCAAAAGCACAUUCCAGGCUACGAUGAGGUUCCAAGUCUGAUGGAGGAGAGAUAACAGUGAGAGGGGUCAAAACUGACUAGGAGGGAAAAAGAUUUCUUGGAAGAAGUCUAAACAUACUUCUGUAUCUGGCUUUACUCACGUUUACAUCAGACAUUUAACUAUUUUAGUAUUUGUUGCAGUUAAAAAACAGUAAAGGGACAUGUUCUUAGAUGGUUUCCGUUGUGGAGAGGUGUGUCUAGUAAUCCAGUAUGUCUAGUAAUCUAGUCUAAAGAUUAUUAUUUUGUGAACUGCAAUAGCUUUGUAGGAAAAAAAAGCAGUGUUUCUCAGAUUCAAUAGGAUAAAACUUAAAUUCUGGGAAGCCUAUAUAAAAUAAUUCAGAAAGGACUCUCUUAUAUUUGCCAUUUGUGAAAGAAAAAUAUGUCUUUAGAGGUCAGAUUCCUUGCCUCAGGGAUGGGGAGUCCCCUUAUGUUUAUACCCAAGCCCAGGAGUGCUUGGAACUCAUCUCCUUUAGGUCAAAAUGCAGAAAAGCAUUCUGUACCGCAAUGCUCAGGACCAACAAAUGUCAACAUCUACUGAAUUAAACUGGAAGAAAACCCAAGCCAUAAAGACUGCUCCAAAAAAAUCUAUCCACUUUAAUGUAGCAUCCUUAAAUUAUUAAUCACCAACUUAUAUUGGUGGCUUUAAAAUUCAGUACCUGGAAAGCCGUUUUCAGUAAAUUAAAAAGUGCUAUUGUCAAGCAGGCCUUAGGUGGAUUUGUUUACAUUGACUGGUCUGGGAUUUCCUCAUGAUAAAAGUAGUGAUGUGUUUACAACUGCAUAAUGGACUACACUCUCCUAGUGCUUAGCUUCCUGAUUCUGCAGGACUACUGCGGUCCAUACUAAUCGAUUGCCUAGGGGCUGGAAGUCAGAACGUUUAUACAGUACUGUACACUGCCUUUUCCAGCACGUUCUUCUCAUAGCAGUCAAUGGGAUAGGCAGGACAGGGGUGGUGGUUAGCCCAUUUUGACAAAUGAUAACAUGAAAACUACUAUGUACGUAUUUACAUGCGUGAAGUACUUUUUUUAAGUUGAAGUAUAGUUGAUUUACAAUAUUGUGUUAGUUUCAGGUAUACAGCAAAGUGAUUCAGUUAUAUAUAUAUAUUUUUUCAGAUUAUUUUCCAUUAUAGGUUUUUACAUGAUAUUGAAUACAGUUCCUGAGCUAUAUGGUAACUCCUUAUUGUUUAUUUUAUAUACAGUAGUGUGUAUAUGUUAAUCCCAUACUCCUAAUUUAUCCCUCCCCCCACCUCUUUCCCCUUUGGUAACCAUAAGUUUGUUUUCUAUGUGAGUCUGUUUCUGUUUUGUAUAUAGCUUCAUUUGUAUUAUUUUUUAGAUUCCACAUAUAAGUGAUAUCAUAUAAUAUUUGUCUUUCUCUGUCUGACUUACUUCACUCAGUGUGAUAUUCUCUAGGUCCAUCCAUGUUGCUGCAAAUGGCAAUAUUUCAUUCUUUUUAUGGCUGAGUAAUAUUCCAUUGUGUAUAUACCACAUCUUCUUAAACCAAUUGUCUGUUGAUGGGCACUUGGGUUGUUUCCAUGUCUUGGCUAUUGUAAAUAGUGCUGCAAUGAACAUUGGGAUGCAUGUAUCUUUUCAAAUUAGGCUUUUCAUCUUUUCCAGUUAUAUGCCCAGGAAUGGAAUUGCUGGAUCAUAUGGUGAUUGUAUUUUUAGUUUUUUAAGGAACCUCCAUACUGUUUCCAUAGUGGCUGCAUCAAUUUACAUUCCCAACAGUGUAGGAGGGUUUCCUUUUCUCUACAUGGGAAGCACUUUAAAAACCUUAAUAUUUAAUACAAUGACUUUUGAAAGUAAUUAUAACUGCCCCCAAUUUAUAGGGAGGGAAACCGAGACUCAGGGAGAUUAAGUAACUUUCUCCAGGGCACACAGCUAGUGACAGAGAGGGAAUUCAAAAUAUCACAAGGCACAGGCAGAUGGUUACAUGAGAGAGACCUGGGUUUUGCAGACUUGAAUAGAUAAGAACAGCAGCUGGCACUGGGGAGUGCUAGUAUGCGCCAGCCAUGCGUACACAAGUGGACUCAUUCAUGUUUGCAGCAGGCUGUGAAAGGUAGGAACCAUUAACACAGGUACAGACAGGUCAAGUCACUUUCUCAAUGUCAUACAGCGAGGAAGGGUCAGAGUCAUUUUCAAAUCCACAGAGUCAGUCUUCAGCCCACGCCUUCCGUCAUUAUUUUUGUUCAGAUGUAAAGGCCUUGGUGCCUGGUUGGUUGACUCUGCAGGUGUGUGUCUUCGUGGCUUCUCUAAUGAGGGCUGGAAGGACGUGGUCUGUCCUCUAUGUCAGGCAUCGUUUUUGUCCCUUCUAGAAGUGAAAGGAAGUUGUACCUAGGAUUUUGUGUCUGAGUUAUUGGAGUCAUUCACCAGAUUCGCAGCUGAGCACAAGGAAGGAAAGCAGAAGGAAAGCAUCUUCUGAAGACAUUCACUUCAUGGCCACAGUGAAGGUGUGUCUUUUGGUAUCAGUGAUACAGUGCGUAACAUAAAAAGAAAGCAGGCGACUUACUUUUGGUUUGGAAAAAGGAAUCUAGUUUCUCAGGCUUCAACCAGAUUGGAAUAAAUUAUCCGUGUUUUUAGUAUUUUCCUUGUUUAUAUUGAUACUUCACCCUCAGCUCCCACCCCAAUCCCAACCGUUAGCUCCCUUAGGGUUUUUAAAGUAAUGUGGAUGCUUCCAAUAAGGGCAGAGUUAGAGAUCUUGUUACUGUCCUGAUCCCAGCUUGACCUGCCCACCAGAGGACUCCUCCCUCCGCUUCCCCACAGUGCUAUUCAGCCCUCCUGUUGUAGGGGUGAUCACAGGGGGUUCUGUCAGGUCAGAUUGACCUGAUCCCAGAACCCCACUUGCUUUUCGCCUUGGAGCCUGGAGUCAGCACGAACCACGGAGGGGAGGGGACCUCUUCUGUCCUCUGUUCUCAUUCUGCUCUGCCUGCCCCAAGGCCAAUUUGAAGAAACGGUAUCUUUACUCUUACCCAAAUCCUUCACCUUGAUCACUUCAAGGCACAGUUCUUUCUAGCUUGAAUGUCUCCAAGAUGAUAUACCCCUGAGAAUUAAAGUUCAAAGUGAAUGGCUAAUCUGCUCUAAAAGGCAGAAAAAGCUGAUAGUAAACUAAAAAUGAGACCUCCCUCGUAUUUCCACAAUCCCAUCUACGGAACCUCUCAGCAGUUUCUUUUAUUUUUUAUUUUUUAUUUUUUAAAUAAAUUUAUUUAUUUAUUUAUUUUUGGCUGCAUUGGGUCUUCGUUGCUGCGCACAGGCUUUCUCUAGUUGCGGUGAGGGGGGCUACUCUUUGUUGCGAUGCACGGGCUUCUCAUUGCAGUGGUUUCACUUGUUGCGGAGUGCAAGCUCUAGGCGCAUAGGCUCAGUAGUUGUGGCUCGCCGGCCCUAGAACUCAGGCUCAGUAGUUGUGGCGCAUGGGCUUAGUUGCUCCGUGGCAUGUGGGGUCUUCCCGGACCAGGGCUCGAACCAGUGUCCCCUGCAUUGGCAGGCGGAUUCUUAACCACUCCGCCACCAGGGAAGCCCUCAGCAGUCUCUUGUUUCCAUGACACUGAUAAGGAUGAUCCUUGUGGAUAAAAAAAAGAAACAAUGGAAAAUACAGCAACAACCACUGACUGAGCAUCUGCUAUGUAUCAGCUAUGGCACUAAAUUCCUUACUAAACCUUGUCUUACUGAAAUCUCACAGCAACCCUGUAAGAUGCCUCCUAUUACUCCCAUUUUGAAAAUUAGGAAACUGAGGCUCAGAGAAGGAAAGUCACUUGUUGAAAAAUGACAAAUUGUUUGACUGCAGAGCCAUGUGUUUUCCACAGUUACAGCACAGAGCCUAAUUUAGUGCCUGUGUAAACACUGAGUAGGCGUCAGGGGUGCACUGCUUUCAAAACACAUUGGAAUUGUAGCGGGCAAGUCUGAAUUACUGUGCAGUACCCUUGCUCUUCCAGUGGGCAUGGGCUGGGAGCCAAGAAUUGAUCAGCCUUCCCUGAAUGUGCUUGAGGAACCCUCCUGAUGCGGAGCCCAGGGAAGAAUUUAUGGAGGGGCAUAACCCAGAGCUCCCUCUCACCACGCAGGUGUCAAGAAGGGCAGAGUCCCUGGCGGGUUCUGGAGACAGAAGCUCAAAGGUGAGAAUUGUAAUGUCAAGUGAAAAAUUGAAAGUGAGGUAUGUCUUUGAAAUCUCAGUGGGACACUUACAUUUUCUAACAAAAUCUGAUUGAGACUAAGUCAGGCUAUUUUCAAAAAGAAAGAUUCCCUGAGUGAACCAGUUUUUAGUAUAACUUGUCUUGAGGACACUUAGUAACUCUCCUGGUACCAAUUACUGAGUACAAUACCUAGAAAAGCCACUCUAGAUCUUAGAUACUAAGCCCCAUGCAAGUUAUUAAAAUUGUAACCAUUUUGGAAAGUUACUUUUAAAAGAGCUUAGGGAAUUCCCUGGCGGUCCAGUGGUUAGAACUCGGCGCUUUCACUGCUGGGGCCUGGGUUCGAUCCCUGGUCAGGGAACUAAGAUCCCAUAAGCUGCGAGGCGCGGCCAAAAACAAAGAGCUUAAAGUGCAUUUUUCUUAGUUGUCUUAGAGGCUUCCUGUACAGUAGGAGUCUAUGCAGCUCCCAUGGUUUCUGAUAUUUAGGAAGCUAUGUUAAUUCCUGGAGGCCAUCUGGGAACUUAAUUUGAGGACCCUAAGAAAUUACUGUAGUUAAAUUUUAUAGAAGUCAUUCCACCAAGAAAAGAACCUUGUUUUUAGAGACAGGAGACCUGUGGGCUGGGAAACGGGUGCCUAGCAUCCCUAGGAGAGAUGGAGAAGCUACCUCACCCCCAGAGCAGUCACAAAGCACAGGGGUCGGGCUAUUUAGUAAUCACUGGACCUUUAUGUGACAAAGAAGGCACUCUGGUACUGUCUCUAACCUUGAUUCCAUUUGACCUAUUUAUAGCCUGCAUAUUCUAGCUUUGGGGGCCUUUUUUUCACUGACAUCAUGUAGACACUAUUUGACAAAACAGGUUUGUUUACAGAACAGAGGGUUUUGACAUUCUGCUGCCUCUAAUAAGCUCUCCUUUCUGCUUGGCUGAGAUCACUCAGAAGAAGAAAGAAGAAACCGUUGCCUUUUGCUGUCCAGUUAUUGGAAGCCAGGCCAUGCCACUCUUUCCAUCUGCUUUGGCUGUCUAUUUCCUACCACUGGACUUUAAGAUCCACUGGACUCUCUCUGCUGAGGACCCAUAACAAACUCCAGGACCAGGUAGUAUCCUUGACAUAUCACUCUGUGCAUAAGUAUUUCCCAUCCCCUCUCCCCCCACUCAGUAUUCCCAAGGAAAGCUAUUUCUAUUAUUGGUCCAUUUGAAGGAUUAUGAGUUAAUUACAUAAUAGAAUGUAUCCAUAGAGUUAUGCAUUUCAGCUAGAAAUCUACAUAUCUCUAGAAGCUCUACAAUCUGUUCUAAAGAACCUACAUCUCUAGAAAUCAUAGAGAUGUAUGGGAUAUUAAUUACUGAUUUUGUUUAUUCAGCAUGCAGUAGGAAGCAACCUACUGUAUACCAGGUGCCGUGUUAGAUGCUCAGGUUCUUGGUACAUGAAAUAGGUGGUGGUCCUUACUCUUAGAGAAGUCAGCUAAGUGGGUAGAAGGAUAGUGAGUACAUGCAUUAUAACACUGUCGAGGGCUGGAGAAGGAGCAAUAAUGGGCUCACAGAUCAUUUUCUAACUCAUGUCAUGUUGUACUGCCAAGGCAGUAAUAUCUGCCAUCAGUAGCCUGCUGGUAUUCUUGCUUUGUGCUCAGUCCUGUCCACAAUAGUGAAGGAGCAGCUUCAUUUCAAUUCUGUUUUCAGCAAAGUGGAUUCUACAAUUUCGAAGAUACAUUUUCCUAGUUCUCAUAUGGUUUUGUUCUUCUAGAGGUUGUUAGUAGAUGGUUGUUUCCCCUGUCAGUUCAGGCCAACAGCUUCCUACUUGACAAAAUACCAUCUCUGAGUUUUCUGGAAUACAAGGAAAUUCCAGCCUCUUUGUCAGAGGCCUCAGGAAGACACAAAAGACAAUGCUACAACUGCUGUCACCCAUUCCAGGGAGUCCAGAGUCAUGGUCUGGCUUCAUACUCUCUGGUCUCACAGAUACACUCAGUGGACUUUGGCCAGGGAGCAUCCCCCAAGUAAUGGGCGCAUUGAGGGAAUAAACCCCACCUUUCUAUUGCUGAGGAAUUUAGGCAAGCUGCUCAGGGAGAAUGACCCUCUAGAAGGGUGUGACCAAGUCGCUCCUUGGGUCUCCUCUCCAGGCCUUUUCUUUGCCUCUUUCAGUCAUCAACAUGAGACUGAUUGCCUGAAAAGACUUCUUGACAAACAAGUAGUAUUUGGUAACUGUUAUUUUUAUUUUUCAUCCCUACAGAAAUGAGAUCACAAGUCAUAUAUGGCUCUGCAUUUUUCAUGCAGAUCCUAUAGCCACUGAUUCUAAUUUUUAGAAUGUACCAAUUUUAUUAAUUUUUAUUUCUUCAGUAUUUUAUGGAUAUAUAUAUAUAUACACGUGGAUGUGAAUUGUAGUCUACUGCUUGUAGAUUUUAAAGUCUAUUUAGUCAGUGGUGAGUAGAACUUUAUUUUAGCUUUAAAAAUUUAAUCUUAUGAGAGGCCUGCUGACAUUUAUUUUAAAGUUGUUUUAUUCAGUUCCUUUUUUCUCUUGCACCCUGUGGAGUAUGUUUAUUGACUACAGAUGUUAAGCACUUUGCUAAGGAACAGAAAGCUGCAAGAUAGAAUAUGUACUUCACCUGAGUGGGUGCAUAGAAACCGGCCGUGUGUCUGAAUCUUUAAGAACUCAAGUGGAAGGUAUGCUUACAAGUUUAAAGGUCAGAAUCACAACAUACAGACUUGAAUUGGAAUGACUGCAAGAUAGUUUCAGGAUUAUAAAACUUCUAUGUAAAAGAAGUUAAUAAAAGGCGUAUUAAGAGACUAGGCCGUGGGAGAGCCGGAUGGAGGCAGCAAGAGCAUCGGGAGCCCUGGAGGGCAGUGAUCCCGCCGAGAGGGGCCGUUAGCUGCCACCUGGGAGACAGCAGAGGAGGUGGUGGCAAGAGGCCAGAUUCUGGAAACAUUUUCAAAGCAGUGACUGUUUCCUAUUAUCAUCUCUCCAAGAUUAUCCACAGUUCCACUUCUGACCAUGAUGGAAUAACAAGGACUGAACUGAACUUCCUGCCACAAACAACCAGAAAACUGGACAAAAUAUAUAAAGCAACUGUUUUCAGACAUUGGAAGACAGACAGCACAGGACUAUGAUGCCUGAGAAAAAGGGAGCAUAUGAGGUUGAAUGCCUCCCUAACUUUCUUUGUGGAGGCAAUUUCCAGAAUACUUGGAAAAUAAACCCAAACAGAGACUAGAGAUUAGCUGAGUUGAGGAGACAGAGACCAGCAUUCCCAGAGGCUGAGGGAGCUGAAUUUGAAGGACAGAGUUGUUUUUUUUUUUUUUAAAAAAAAAAAAAAAAGCACAGCUCCAUAAAUCUGAGUCUUUGCUAAAUGUUUGGCUGUGCAUACAUCGACUGAAAAUCCACACAGCCAAUCAAAGAAUAACCAGGGAGUUGCAAGCUAAAUGAUUCCCAGAAAUCACAGAGGAUGGGCAGACAUUUGAGCUCUGACCAGUCAGAAUGGGAAGUCCUCAGUGAAAACCUCUGAGCAGUCAUUACUUAGUAGUGGGGCAAAAUUGCCCCUGGAGUGAAGGCUACUCUAGUCUCUUCCUAGUACAGCUGAAACACAGUUUUCAAAGGAAUCAAAAUGAUCCAGAAAUAACUUAGCUGCCUAAAAACACCCAAAGCUCAACACUCCUUGAAGGGAGACAACAAAAUUCAGGCAGUCAACAAGGAUAACAUUUACACCGUCCACCAUUCAACAAAAAUUAGUAAACAUGGUAAAAUGCUCAUUUGCUCUUAAGACUUUAGGGAAAUACACUCACACACACACUCACAUAUAUAUUCCCCUGUUUAAAAGUGUGAUAGUCCCUGAUCCCUGACAUCUUAAAGUCACUUAAUCAUAGGAAUUAAGUCUAUGCCAUUUCGUGAAGAUAAUCCUAUUUAUCUUUGAGUUAAAAGCAUUCAGUAAAAUGGAGCUCACUUUCUCUCCUAUGACUUCCAUCACAACUGGUCAACUCUGUUUGUUUUAUGUUAAGUUAGAUCCACUACUGUCUGUAGAUUUGUACUCUGGUGUUCUGAAACAACAUAAAGUCCUCUUUCUCUUCUAACAAAACUGAGACUAGUUCUCAGGCCAUGUUUUUCUUAAGGUAAAUAUAUCCAACUCCUUCCAUUUCUUUCUGACAAGAUUCUUCUUAUCAUUUUUUGGAGGCUCUCUAGUUCCUCCAUGUUUCUUUUUAAAUUGCUGCCAUGUUAAAACUAGAAAAAACUUGUUCUACAAAGACUGGAAGUCCAAUAAGUCAUGGGAGUGUGAAAUACAUUUUCAUAUUGAUUUUGUCAACAAUAGUGUUAAAGGUAAUAAUCAUAUCUAAAAUGUAUUGAUCCCUUAAGCUAUGCCAGACACUAUGCUAAGUGCUUCAUAAGGAUUCCCUCAUUUUAUUCUAACAAAUCUAUGAGGUAGAUGCUAUUAUUAUCUUUGUUUCAUAAAUGAGAAAUUUGGACCAUUGAGAGGUUUAUAGAUGAACUAUUAUCACAGUAAUAUUGUAUAAUAAGCUACCCCAAAACUCAGUGGUUUAAAACAAUGCUUAUUUGUUAUCACACAUUUGUAGGUUGGCUGGAGUUGGGCUGAUCUAGGUUGGGCCCAUCUGGACAGCUCUGCAUCUCAUUGAAAGACUGGUUCAGGCAAUUCUGCUCCAUGUGCCUCUCAUUCUUCUCCUGGGACCCAAGAGCUAGCCAGGGUAUGUUCUUCUCAUGACAAUGACACAAGCUCAAGAGGGAAAGGAGAAAUGUGGGGUCUCUUAAGGCCUUGACUCUGAACCUGAUACACUGUCACUUCCAUACAUCCCAUUGGCCAAAGCAAGUCAUAUAGCUAAACUCAAAGGGCAAGGAAGGAUACUCCACAUAAGUCCAUAACAAGGGUGUGCGUGCAAGGAGGAGUGAAGAAUUAGGGCCAAUUAUUCAAUGUAGCACAAAAGGCUAAAUAAUACUUUCAAAGUCACACCUAUUGUAGGUAGCAGUCAGGGAUUGAAUUUGGCUGAAUGUAGCAGAAAACCUAAAUAAUGAGAUAGAGGUUUAUUUUCUCUGAUGUUAUGGGAAGUCUGGAGGUAGGCAGUCAAGAAGACUGAUACGGCUGCUCUGAGAUAUCACCAGGAACUCAGGCUCUUUUUUUAGAUUUUUGUUUCCUCACCCUUAAGCUGUGGUUCUCAUCUUCAUGUUCACAAUAAAGCUGCUGGAACUUCGGCCAGUACAUUCUCAUUUCAAGUACAAAGAAAAGGGAAGGAGAUAGACAUAAAUAUGAAAGGCCUUUCUCUGCCUCUCCAUCCAGUGAUUCCACUUACAUCUCAUUGGCCAGGACUAUGUCACAGGUCACCCCUAGCUGAAAGCGGGGGCUGUUGAGAUAUCUUUUUUUUUUUUCUUUCAGAAUAGAACAUUGUCAUUUACAACACAAUCAGUGUUGGUAAGGGAGAAGAACUUGUAUAUUAGGUAGGCAACUAGCAGUAUCAGACAUACUCAGGAAGUAUUUGUGCCAGGAUUUGCCCAUUAGUUUAAAAUUAUACCUAACAUGAUGGAAUUAUUCUUACCAGCUUAAAAAAUAUUUAAUGUUCUUUUUUCUUGUUUGUUUUUUUUGGCCAUGCCACGCAGCCUGCAGGAUCUUAGUUCCCCAACCAGGGAUUGAACCCGUGCCCCCUGCAGUGGAAGCAUGGAGUCUUAACCACUGGACCACCAGGGGAGUCCCCCAAAAUAUUUAAUAUUCUAACAUAAUAUAUGCUCAUGAAACACAUUUUGGUAGAUAUCUUAAAGUAUAAAGAAGAAAACAGCCAUGCUCUCAUUGCCUAGAUAUAACCGCUGUUAAAAUUUUGCUAUAUCACUUUCUUUUUUGUUGUGUUACUUUAUGUAUUUACAGUUUCCAAAUUGGGCUCAGUUUCUAUGAAUAGCUAGUCCUCUCAUUUUUUUUCUCUAUUUUGUUUUAUAGAUCAUAAGACUAUAUACUCAUUAUAGAAAAUCUAGAAAUUCAGAAAAGUAUAAAGGAAUAAAAAUAACUAACCCAUACUCAGAUAAUAAAGUAAUAAAUAAAAUAAAUAACUUAGAUCCACACACGGCUAAGGAUAUUGGUAAAUUGACUUACACACUUUUUAUAUAUUAUGUAUAUGAAUAUAGCUGAGGUCAUACUGUAUAUAUAUUUUGCAUUUGGCUAUUUAAAAAUAUAAGACAAACACCAGGUUUUUACUCACAUUUUAAAUGCCUGCCUAAUGUUUUACUUUAUCAACAUUCCUUAAAUCUCAGGUGUUUGUAUUUCCAGUGUUUUGCUAUUAUGUAUCUUGCUACUCUAAAAAUCUAUUUUUGCACAAGCUUCAUCCACAUUCUACAAAAAUUUUCUAGAAGGGGAAGAUAAAUAAUCCUUUUAUAGUAUGACUUGGGUAUUUUUUGUGUUGAUUCACUUCCUAAUAAUUUGUGAAUGUCCUUAAGUAAAGUUUAUUUGGUAUAUUUGCUUGCAAUUUGAGAAAAAUUACUGGCAGUAGCCUUUUUAAAAAUAAAACUUCGUUGUUUGAUGC